CCUACCGGCGGCGGCGGCGAGUCAACAGGCGGCGGAGGGACUGGAGGCGAUGGUGAUGGGUUCUCGGAGGUGGACAACUGGUUCGGCAGCAGUAGCUUGCCGACGCAGCGGGCUCCUUCACCGGAGCGAUCCCCUUCGCCCCCCUCGCCGCCGGAGUGGGACAUAGAGCGCCGUGCGGCGGCGGCCCUAGCACGCAAGAUCAGGGCUUCAGGCGUGGGAGAAGGCCAUCAGUGGGCUUCAGGGUUCGGCGGCGUGUGGUAAGAUUUCUUCCCCCUCCACCCCUCUCUUCAUUGGAUUCACUGGAAAUUUUAGGGUUGUUAGAUUGCAUAUAAACCUAUCAUGUUACAGUAUGGUUGUUAAUGGGCUGUUAGAUUUUAGGAAAUUUUAGGGUUGUUAGAUUUUAGGAGAUUUUAGGGCAGUUUGAUUUUAGUGCUUUGUUUACUGAAGAUUAUUGUUUGUUUACUCAAGUGUUGUAGCUGAUAUAGUUAAUAUCUUUUCUGUACAACAUGUUUCAGUAGGAAAUAUAGCUCUGGGUUUAUGGUUUUAUGCAUGAAUGCUUUGUUUAGUCCUUAUUGACAGUGAAGAUAGUGCUAAUAUCUUGUCUGAAUAACAUGUUACAUUAUUAAAACAGAAUCAAUGAACCUUGAUAAGUGGACCUGUGACUGCAAGAAAUGGGACCUAUGUGGUUGGCCAUGUAACCAUGCAGUUUCUGCCAUUACAAGAGUGAAGGGGCAGCCAGAAGACUAUGUGCAUGAGUUCUUCAAGAAACCAUUGUAUAAGGAAACAUACAAGCACAUCAUCUACCCUGUACCAGGGCCUGACUGUUGGCCUAGGACACCAACUGCUGACAUAGAUCCACCAGUGUUCAAAGAGAAGAAGGGCAGAAAGCAAACAGCUAGGAGGAAGGGGCAAUUUGAGGUCCCAACAAAGAAGGAUACAUCAAGGAUGGCAACUAUCACCUGUAGCAACUACAAGAUGCAGAAACAUAGGUACACCUACUGCCCUCAGCCCCUGAAGCCUCAUCUGCAGGCAAGAAAGGACAAGCACAAGACAACCAGAACUCACUACCAUGGAGCUGGGGGAAGUUCUACUGCUACUGCACAGCCUGCAACCAGUGCACCACCUGCUGCAACUACUAGGGUUAGAAGAACAACUCCUACUGGUCAUUCCCAGCCUGCUACAUCUACCAGGGGAAGAAAAUCAACUGCUACUUCUACUGGUCCUGCCCAGCCUGCUGCUUCUACAAGGCCAAGAAGAACAACUGCUGCUUCUACAAGGGCAAGCAUCACCAUUGAUGCUUCUACUACUUCCCAGGCUGCCACAAGAGCUUCAGGUUCAAGCAAUGCAGCCAACAUGAGAGGUGGAAGGCCCUACAUGGCACCUAGGGCUGCAACUACAACAGAGGGAGUAACAGUAGGGUCUAAAAGGAAGAGGUUCCAGAGCACCAGGAUGAGGGGUUACUUUUAUGCCAGUGGCAACUAG